CAGUUCUCGGGGAAUGAAAAGGAUUGUCCCCGCUUCACCAUUUUUGUGCAAUCACGAGUCCGUUAAGUUGGAGACGGGAAGACGCGAACAUCGAAGGCGUGAGCCGAUCGCGUGUAAGCAAAAGGAACGGGAAUCUGGAGAGCUGAGUUUUCUAUAUAUGUAUGUAGAAACGCCCCUCAGCGAUGCUUCAGCUGUAGCGCAACUUCUAAUCUGUUAAGCGGCAGAGUGGAAACAGAAUGGCAGUUAAAGUGUUCGUUUAUUGGUCGGUCUUUCUUGUUUUGGGGUUCGUCCACGAUUCUGUAAUUGGGCGGCCAUUGCUGAUACCGAAUGCCAGAAGACCUAACCCUGAUGAUGCGGCGUCGUUUGCUCGGUGGCUGGUUUCUCAGAGUUCAUGGGGAGUCCUCAACACUAUAUCGAACGAAUGGGGAGGUGCGCCUUUUGGAAAUGUGGUUUCAUUCAGUGAUGGCGAACCCGACAAAGGCAAAGGCAUCCCAUACUUUUACCUGACAACCCUUGAUCCAACUGCAAGUAAUGCUUUGAAGGAUCCAAGAUCUUCCUUAACAAUAAGCGAAUAUUCACUCGGAACUUGUGACAAGACCGACCCCGAGAAUCCCAGCUGUGCAAAAAUUACUCUCAUAGGAAAGUUAAAAUUACUCGAUGGGAAGUCCAAAGAUGCAGAAUUCGGUAGAUCUGCAUUGUUUGCCAAGCACCCCGAGAUGAAAAGCUGGCCUCCAGGGCACAAUUUCGAGGUCUACAAGCUGAACAUCGAAAAAAUAUUUAUGAUCAACUGGUUUGGCGGGCCGAAGCCUCUCACGGUGGAGCAAUACCUCCAGGCCAAAGUGAGUGCAGAGGACAUAACUUUCUGAUCAUAAUGCUCUUGUGGAAGUUGUUGGAUUUUGUUGAAAUGAAUAUUGUAAUGAAUGUUGUGUUAUAUUUAUAUGAAGAUAUGUUGAUGUUAAAACGAAUAGGGCA